ACGCUAUCUGUCUUAUUUAACGCUAUCUGUCUUCUGCUGUAGACGACAGCCCAUAUUGGAAUAGCCGGUGGCACUAGAACCAGCUUUGCACGCAAUCUGCCCACUGAGUUAAAAAAACAUUCUUCAUACAUCGGCAGUUAAAUUGACCUGUUCUUGGGAUUUAGAUUGAUUUGUUUUGUUUAAUAUUUUGUAUUAGCCUAUCUGCAAGGAAUAAUACCCCAGGACCAGGUUUAGUUCAUUUUUUAUAGCUGAAGGAAGAAGUGAUGGAUAAAAUAAUGUCCAGACAUCUCCCGGUGAAUCCAAGUUUUCUACCUGCGUCGAAUCACUGCGUACUGAAGUCUCUAUUGGAGAACCCCAUGAAACUACCCUUCCUCAAACAUGAACAACAACAUGCAGGUUUUGAGAAGGAGCGAGAGAAGGAGAAGAAUUUGGAUGAGGAGAGGAGUGCCCCACAGUCAGCCUUCCUGGGCCCCACGCUGUGGAACAAGACUCUAACCUACGAUGAGGACAACUUCCAGCUGGAGUACAUGGAUCUGGACGAGUUCCUGUCUGAAAAUGGCAUUCCGUCUGAGCUCGCCACCGCCAUCCACUGCGACCAGCACCAAUCACAACAAUCACAGUCCCAGCACCAGACGUCAAGUAGGUCACAAGCCCCGCCCACACCGUCUCCCUCGGUGAUCGACCUUAGCAACCACGCCAGCGCAUCCACAUUGGUACACACAAGCAUGGGUGCACAGAACUGUCUCCCUAGCCUCACCAGAACAGCCCUGCCAUCCAGAAACACUCCCAGCCCCAUCGACCCAGAGUCCAUCCAGGUGCCGAUGAGUUAUGAGCCCGACCCUGCUGACCUAGCCCUGUCCAGCGUACCGGGACAGGAGAUGUUCGACCCCCGCAAACGCAAGUUCGCCCCCGAGGAACUCAAACCACAGCCCAUGUUCAAGAAGGCCCGCAAGGUGUUAUUCCCCGAUGACAUGAAGGAUGACAGGUAUUGGGUGAGGCGUAAGAAGAACAACGUGGCUGCCAAGAGGUCACGGGAUGCCCGUCGGCUCAAAGAGAACCAGAUCGCUAUACGAGCGGGUUUCCUGGAGAAAGAAAAUUCAGCCCUGAGGAUGGAGUUGGGCGACCUGAGGAGAGAGCUGGGACGCACCAAGAACAUAGUGGCCAAGUACCAGGCCACACACGGACCUCUGUAAUGGGACUGAGACAGAAUACACUCACACACAGAUGGAGACUACACACACACACACACAAAGACACACACAAAUAUGAGGCUGAGAGGCUGAGCUUACACCUGUCUGAGACAACCACCCAAUCAAUUUUCUAUGGUUUCCAUACUGUAAAUGUAGGUUAUGUCAGUUGAGAUGUCUCCACUGACGUUACCUGUCCCACUUCGUCCACCUUUCUUUUUAAUCCCCCCCCCCCCUUCUCUUAUGCUCCGUCAGAGAUAAGCUGUUUGUAAAGUGUAGAAUCUUGACGUAAAGAAUCACUGCACUGCUCACACUUUGAAACCUUUCUAAUGCCUACAUACCGCUAGCCUGGGUACCCGACUGUUUCUGCAUUAAGUAACACUACCUCGUUGCCUUAGUGAGGCAACAACAUGCUAGCUAACACAGAGACAGACUGGCACACAGGUUAGCAUUCUAUGAUGUCAGCUUUAUCAUUCGUUAAUUUUGUUUUUAUGGCAGUGUUAUGACCAGGCAGGUCACCUGUUAUACAAGUCAGUAUUCAACGUCCAUCCAUGUCUGAGGACGUCGGGAGAUGAUGUGGAAAACAGCCACACGGAGCA